GCCUGGUCUGGUUGAAUGAUAUGAUGGAAUUGGGAUAUUUGGUGUUGAAGUUGUGGACAACACCGAAUCCCGGCAGCGCCAAGACCGCUUCCGUGUGGUCAGUGCUGUUCCUUGCAGAUUGUGCACGAGCCAUGUGCUAAACGUCAAGGGACGAGUGACAGGCCAAGCUCGCAAGGCAAAGUCCCGAAACCGCGUCUGCGGCGGUCUCUGUGUUGGAGGCUACCACUUCCAGAACCUCCAAGCUUUUGUUCCAUCAUAGUCGAUAUCUAGUGUAUUCCGUCAGCCUUGCUCUCCCGUCACGACGUCUCCCCACAAAACCAAGUAUCACCUUCGACACGAUCCCUACACCAACAUUCUUGCUGUCGAUUUUCGCAUCUCGCCCUCACUGUCAUUUUCGUCCCGACACGCGACUUCAAUUGCCCAAGUCUCGACAGCACUGCCGCCGCCGUCGCACCCCUCGACACGACAGCCGCGCGAAGGCAUCCCGAGGCGCAUAACCUCUCCAGGGCAUCGUCUUAUCGACGCCCACUUUCAGCCGACGACACCCCGAUCCCACAGUACUAACCCGCCACAAUGUUUUUCCUCCAUAACCUCGAGCGGCGGGUUACCCUGCAUCCAUCCUAUUUCGGCAGGAACAUGCACGAACUUGUCACGACCAAAUUGGUCAAGGACGUGGAAGGGACGUGUGCCGGUGAUUACUACAUCAUUGCCAUCAUGGAUGCGUUCGACGUUAGCGAGGGCCGCAUCCUCCCCGGAAACGGCCUGGCCGAGUUCACUGUGAAGUACCGUGCUGUGGUUUGGAGGCCGUUCAAAGGCGAAGUGGUGGAUGCUAUUGUCUUUUCCAUCAAUCCUCACGGCUUCUUCUGCCAAGCUGGCCCGCUCUCCAUCUUCGUUUCAUCUCACCUGAUGCCCGAAGAAAUCCACUUCGACCCCAACGCGACGCCUCCUCAGUUUACCAAUAACGCUGAUAUGGUCAUUGAGCCCGGUACGCACGUGCGCGUCAAGAUUGGUGGCUUAAGAACGGAAUUGGGUGAGAUGUAUGCCAUUGGCAGCAUCAACGGAGAUUUCCUUGGGUGUCUGCAAGCAUAAGGGACUUGCAAGAUGCAAGAAGGUCAUUCCCAAACGAAGGGUUUGGACUCGCUCAACUACUACGAGGUACUCGCUCAACAGAAUCCUAGUGAAGCCACGAGUUAGAGUAUACCCUGGGUUUACAUCAACAGUUCUGGUCGGCUGAUGAAGCCUCUGGCCCGGUCAAGAAGCAAGUCUUCUGGGCAAUGCUGAAAGCCAUCCGUAUCGAGGGCCGUUUCAGGAUCUCUGUGGCGGUUUAUGAAGGAUCAUGUUUGCCCCUUAGCAGCGCGUGGGCGGCAAUAUGAUCGAGCCCCUUGUUGUAUUGCACGCGGGAGUGCGGCGGUAACACGCUCAAGGGCUUUCAAGGAGAUGUCUCGUCCGAAUGAGACUCAACGGGGUUGGUAUUUUUGUCAUGAUUUGCUUGGGGUGCGUAAAACCUUUGUCUGUGGCGUUUUGAGGCAUUAUUGGGGCCACAAGCGGCGCCUGGAGUCUAUUGACGGUUUUUUCUUUUUGAGGUAUUUGCAGCAUGCUUUCUGUGUUUGAGCGUGAUUACUGGUAUUUGGGUAACUGACAUUAUCGACGUAUCUGCGACAUGGAGGACAUGUCGCUCUUAAUACAUGGGCACAUGAUGAUGUCUUCAGAGUUUUGCGGGUACAAUGCCUCAAGGUUCUCGGGUGCUUGGCUUAGACUGACCAACAAAAAACGACUGUCUGCGAUACCACAGAGGGCAUCUCGCGCGAUUGUACUUAGAGGGAAUAAUCCUUGUUCAGCUAAGGUGCUCAGUUACCAUGAGCAAAGACAGUAUAAGAGACACCGCAGCACUCGCUUGGCUCAUAAACUCGACUCCCCGGUCUAUCUCCUGAACG